UGCGUUCAAGAAAACGCAGACUGCCCAGUCACAGGAAUGGCAACGAUGCCGGGGCGCGGAAACCCUACAGCCGUGAGUCACAACGUUGUUGUCGUGCCCACAAACAAAUACAGCGCACUCCGCAAAGCAACCUGCGGACAGGAUGCGGCUGGGGCACCGAAAUAUGAUUUAUACUGUAAACUUGUCGGAGGACCUACCACCGGAGUUCUUACUCAAAACAUACAGGGUCAGUUUUGUGACUACUGCAAUGCCAUGGACCCAAAGAAAGCCCACCCGGCGACCUACGCCGUUGAUGGGACAGAGCGGUGGUGGCAGAGCCCUCCUCUCUCCAGGGGACUGGGCUACAACGAGGUGAAUGUUACCCUGGACCUUGGGCAGCUCUUCCAUGUGGCGUACGUCCUCAUCAAGUUCGCUAAUUCACCUCGUCCUGACCUCUGGGUGCUGGAGCGCUCGGUAGACAACGGAAGAACCUUCACCCCCUGGCAGUAUUUUGCACAUUCAAAGCACGAGUGUAUUGAAAAGUUCGGAAAGCAGCCCAAUGCUCGUAUAUUUAAGGAUGAUGACCAGCUCUGCACCACAGAAUACUCACGGAUUGUCCCUUUGGAGAAUGGAGAGAUUGUGGUGUCUUUGGUCAACGGUCGACCAGGGUCCAAAAACUUCACCUACUCACCAGUGCUGCGAGACUUCACAAAGGCCACCAACAUUCGCCUGCACUUCCUCCGCACCAACACCCUGCUGGGCCACCUGAUCUCCAAGGCCCAGAAAGAUCCUACCGUCACACGCAGGUAUUACUAUAGUAUCAAAGACAUCAGCAUCGGUGGACGCUGCGUUUGUCACGGGCAUGCACAGGUGUGUGGUGGGGGGCGGAACCAAGACAACCCAAACAGACUCCAGUGUGAGUGCCAGCACAACACCUGCGGUGAGUCAUGUGACCACUGCUGCCCAGGCUUUAACCAAAAGCCAUGGCGUGCUGCAACUGUUGACAGCCCCAAUGAGUGUCAUCCCUGCCAGUGUUUCUCCCAUGCCUUUGACUGUUAUUACGACCCAGAGGUAGAAAAGAGGGGAGCAAGUUUGGACACCUUCGGCAGGUACGAUGGAGGAGGAGUGUGUAUCAACUGCCAGCACAACACUGCUGGAGUGAACUGUGAGCGAUGCCUUGAAGGUUUCUAUAGACCAUAUGGAGUACCUCCUGAGUCUCCCACUGGAUGCAUACCCUGCAGAUGUGAUGAAAGGACUACAGUUGGCUGUGAAAUGGGCUCUGGAAGGUGUAUCUGCAACCCACAAUUUGCCGGAGAAAACUGUGAUCGCUGUGCUGACGGAUACUAUUACUACCCUCAGUGCAUUCGAUAUCCCGUAUACGACACGACCACCAAAUCCCCUGCAGGACCUAUUGUGGUGCCCACUGCCUGCCCUCCGGGUUAUUUUGGCUCCCCAAGCUGUCAACAGUGUAUAUGUGACUAUAGAGGGACAGCGUACGGGGUGUGCGAUGCGACAGGACGCUGCCAGUGCCGUCAGGGUGUGGAGGGGGAGCGAUGCGAUCGCUGUCAACCAGGAUACCACUCCUUCCCAAACUGCCAGGAGUGUCUCUGUGAUGGGGCUGGCGUGGCUGACAAUGUGUGCAGUCCAAGUGGCCAGUGUGUUUGCUUUCCCAGCUAUGGGGGACAGGAGUGUGACGCAUGUGCACCGGGCUACUAUGGAUACCCGGACUGUGCUGCUUGCCAAUGUUCACAUGAAGGCUCAUAUGGCAACAUAUGUAACCCACUGUCGGGUCAGUGCCUGUGUCUCCCAGGGGUGGUGGGCCAGCAGUGUGACCGCUGUGCAUCAGGACUCAGAUUCCCCCACUGCUCAGCCUCCAUCAGUGUGUGUAACAUGGCAGGAACUGAGGUCACUGAUCCUCAAACGGGCUCCUGCCGCUGCCUACAAAACGUAGAGGGAACCCUGUGUGACAGGUGUAAACCUCUCUACUGGAAUCUGGCUACAGACAACCCUCGUGGUUGUAUGGAGUGUCAGUGUGAUGUGAAAGGGACCCUGAGUGGUGUUGGAGAGUGUGAACAGAAAAGUGGACAGUGCCACUGUAAGCCUAACGUAUGUGGACAUGCAUGUGACACCUGUAAGGAUGGAUACUUCCUGCUGCAGAAAAAGAUGUAUUUUGGUUGUCAAGGUUGUCAGUGUGAUGUAGGUGGUGCCAUUGACAUGGCAUGUGAUGAGAUGUCCGGACAAUGUCGGUGUCGGAAUAAUGUAGUUGGCCGCAAAUGCAAUGAACCAGAACCAAGCUACUAUUUCCCGACUCUCCACCAACUGAAGUUUGAGGUUGAGGAUGGCACCACACCAAAUGCCAGACCAGUGCGCUUUGGUUAUAACCCCCAAGAGUUCCCAGAUUUCAGCUGGAGAGGUUAUGCUGUAAUGUCUCCUGCACAGAGUGAGGUCAGAGUAACAGUGCAUGUUGACCCAAAAGAUCGGAGGCAGCACUUUUUCCGUGUGGUUCUGCGGUUCACUAACCCGAGCAGCGCCAGUGUGACAGGUAGCAUCAAGGCUACCAAUAACAGAGGCGCUGCAGGGUCAGAUCAGAGUAAGGACAUCAUAUUCCCUGAGAGUCCCUCCCCAUCCUUCCUCACUGUCCCAGGAGAGGGGUUCGCUGAGCCCUUUGCAUUGACACCUGGGAAAUGGGUCAUUCACAUAAGGGUAGAGGGGGUUCUGCUGGACUAUUUAGUGCUGCUGCCCCGGUAUUACUAUGAGGCACCUUUGCUGCAGGAAAGGAUCACCCAGCCCUGCACAUACUUACCCAGUGCAAACAGGGAUACAAACUGCCUGUUGUAUAAGCAUGUGGCCAUGGAUGGCUUUAGCUCUGCACUGGGCUCACAAGGAACACUCUCCAGCCGCAGCGGGCGCAAGAGGAGGCAGGCUCGUGUUCGGCGUCCCACCCCAGAUCACCCUGAGAUGGCCGCCCUCAAUGGUAGACAGUCACAGCUCCAACUCAGUUUACGCGUGCCUCGUCCUGGCCCAUACACCCUUGUCCUGGAGUAUGCCAGCGAGGUGGACACUGUCCAGAAUGCCAACAUACUCAUCAAAGUCCAGUCAGGUAGCCAGAUCCUGGCCAGGGCUAACAUAUACAGUUGUGCCUACAGCUUUUUGUGCCGGAGUGUCGCAGUGACCAGCAGCAAUCAGGUGACAGUGUUGGAGCUUACUCACAAGACGGAGGUCCUUCUGCAAACUUCCACUGCAUCAUUCCUGUUGUAUAAAGUGUAUGCAGUCCCUGCAGAAGAGUUCUCCAUUGAGUAUGUAGAUCCCAAGGUGCUGUGUGUCUCCACUAAUGGCCGCUUCACUGAAGACAGUCGGCACUGCUCUCUGAGGCAAUUCGACAAGCCAACCUCAGCCUGGAUUUUGUAUGCUGCCCGUGAUGGACAGCUAUCUUCAACACCAGCUGUUUCUCCCCAAGGACGAGAGAAUGAGGAUUGGAGACAGAGACGACAGACCGGGGUGUUCCCUGUCCGUGAGCCUCAGAGUGAUGGGAUACUGCUUAAAUUCCCUCAGACAGAGAUCAAUUUCACUCCCAGGGUGCCCCUCCCGGGCAGGUACGUGGUUGUUGUCCAUUAUCACCAGCCUGAGCAUACCUCCUUCCCGGUGGAGGUCCGUGUGGAUGCUGGGCGUGAGUGGAAGGAUUCAAUAAAUGCAUCCUUCUGCCCUGCGGUCUCAGGCUGCCGGGAAGUUGUGAUCGCUGAUGGCCGCAUUGCCCUUGACUUUGACCAGAAUUCUUGGCAGCUGCCCACCAUCUCUGUGGUCGUGCCACCUAGGAAGACACUUAUUCUGGAUUAUAUUUUGCUGGUUCCAGAUAGCAGUUAUACCCCAGAUCUCCUGAAAGAGAAGCUGCUGGAUAAAUCUGCAGAUUUCAUUCACCAAUGUAGAGGAGAAGGUUUCUUUAUUGACCCGAGAACUUCUUCCCAGUUCUGCCGAGACUCUGCACGCUCACUUGUAGCAGCCUAUAAUGAUGGAGCUCUGCCUUGCAACUGUGACAAGUCCGGCUCUACAGGGACCACUUGCGAUCCGACUGGAGGACAGUGUCCCUGUAGGCAGCAUGUCAUCGGUCGACAAUGCACAAAGUGUGCCACUGGAUACUACGGUUUCCCCUACUGCAGGCCGUGUGAGUGUGGCCGACGACUCUGUGACGAGGUGACAGGACGAUGUAUCUGCCCUCCUCAGACCGUCAAACCAACCUGUGAUGUGUGUCAGAGUCAGACUUUCAGCUAUCACCCUUUGCUGGGCUGCGAGGGCUGUGAAUGCUCUCCAAAUGGCAUCAGAGCAAACGCAGGGCUGGACUGUGACCGCACUACCGGACAGUGCAGUUGUAAGCCUAGGAUUGGGGGCCGGCAGUGUGACCGCUGUGCUGCAGGUUAUUAUCGCUUCCCUGACUGUAUACCUUGUGACUGUAACCAAGGUGGUGUCACACCUGGCGUGUGCCACCCAGACACAGGGAGGUGUCUCUGCAAGAGAAAUGUUGCUGGCAUCAAGUGUGAUACCUGUCGGGAAGGUUCCUUCUAUUUUGACCCAUCCAGCCCUCACGGCUGUACCAGCUGCUUCUGCUUCGGAGCGACUGACCAGUGUCAGAGCUCCAGCAAACGCAGGGGGAAGUUUGUUGAGAUGCGGGUCUGGCGUUUGGAAAGCCCCGACCAGGAGCAUGUUCCCUCUGUGCUGAACACUGCCAGUAACACGGUGGUGGCAGACAUCCAGGAGCUUCCUCCUACAGUUCAAACUCUACACUGGGUGGCACCAUGGUCGUACCUGGGAGACAGGGUUUCAUCUUAUGGUGGUUUCCUCACCUACCAGUCCAAAUCCUUUGGUAUUCCCAGUGAGGGGAUGACUCUCAUGGACAGAACACCUGAUGUUGUGCUGAAUGGUCGGAAUAUGACCCUGAUCCACAUGGCUUCACAAGUCCCAUUUCCAGACAGGCUGUAUCAGGGCAGAGUCCAGCUCUUGGAGGGAAACUGGCGCCAUGCUGUCACAAACAGGCCUGUCUCCAGAGAGGAACUAAUGAUGGUCCUAGCCAGUUUGGUUGGCUUGAGGAUCCGAGCCUUGUAUUUUACUCAGACCCAGCGACUCAGCUUAGGGGAGGUGGGCCUGGAGGGGACGACUAGCACAGGGACUGGUGGUCCUGGAAACACUGUGGAAGAUUGUUCCUGCCCCCCUCAGUACACCGGAGAAUCCUGUGAGAAAUGUGCUCCUGGUUACUACAGAGAUGGCAGUGGGCCUUACCUGGGCCGCUGUGUGCCCUGUGAGUGCAACGGUCUGUCUGAUGAGUGUGAAGAAAGGACAGGGAGGUGCCUGAACUGUCAGUACAACACAGCUGGGGACAGAUGUGAACGCUGCAAAGAAGGUUACUAUGGGAAGGCUCAGAGGACAUGCAAAGUUUGCCCGUGCCCAUUCAGCGUGCUCACAAACAGUUUUGCAAUAGGUUGCCGAGAGGUGUUUGGAGACUUCCAGUGUAUAUGCAGAGCAGGCUACACUGGAGACAGGUGUGAGAGGUGUGCUCCUGGUUACUAUGGUCAUCCACUAAUAUCAGGAGGAAGUUGUCGGCCCUGUAAUUGCAAUGGCAAUGGUAACAACUGUGAUCCCACGACUGGAGUUUGCAAGAACACACUGGAGCCGGGCGACACAAACACAGAUGAGCACUGCCAAGAGUGCGACAGUUGUGCCCAGACUUUGCUAAACGAUCUGGAGAAGCUGGAUAAUGAGCUGGCAAGGAUCAAAGCUCAGCUAGACAACGCCAGUGCCAGUGCAUCCUCCCGGGACAGGCUGAAGAAGCUGGAGAAGGCCGUGUCAGACACCAAGAUUCUUGUCAACAAAUUCAACUCCGCCAUCAACACCCAAAGGUCCAGAGUCACCCAGCUGGAAGAGGACACAAUCACUCUCUCAGAUGACAUCAGCUCCCUCAAAGACAAGGCAGAUAAGAGGGCUGCUGAUGCUUACAAAGCAGUGGCAGAUGUUGGGAAAACCCACAAGAGGGCUAAAGAUCUGCACUCAGAGAUUCAAAACCUUCUCAAGAAAAUCCAAGCUCUGCUGGAACAACUGAAGGAGUCAGGCACCAGAGGUGAUACGGUGCCCAAUAAAAACCUGGCUAAAAUGCUAGAAGAUGCUCAGCGCAUGGUGAAGGAGAUGGAGAAUAGGAACUUCACCCCUCAGAAGACAGCUGCUGAGAAAGAAAGAGACAAUGCAGAGAAACUGCUAGACUACAUCAAGGCUAAUGUAAGUAUGCAGUGUGACCAGAAUGAGGCUGCAGCAGAGAAGAUUCGGGGCCUUCUGAAGGAUUACGAGGCCAAGCUGAAGGAACUGGACGAGGCUUUGAAGGAGGCGGUGGACUUUGUGAAAAAAGCCAACGCCCAGAACGGACUGAAUGCACAGGCACUGGCAGAUCUGCAGAAACGUAUUGAAGACUUAAAAAAUGAGCGGGAAACUGUUGAGGACCAAAUGGCCAUGGCAGAAGAUGAGCUGCAGAAAACAGAGGAUUUAGUGAAAAUGCUAUCCGACAGUAAAACGGAUUAUGAACAGCUGGCAGCACAACUGGAUGGUGCCAAGACUGACUUGACCACGAAGGUGAAUGAGAUUACCAAGGCAGCAGCCAAGAAGGACAUUGUGGAGGCUGCAGAGGAACAUGCUAAGAACCUUGACAAGCUGGCAAGGGAACUUGAGGAUGCUGUAAAGAAUGCAAGUGGACUGUCUGAGGUGCGUGGUGCCAAAGACGCUAUUGAUGCCUACAAGAACAUCACAGAUGCAAUUAAUGCUGCCGAGGCUGCAGCUAAUGAGGCCAAAGAUGCAGCGGACAACGCCUUGAACAAUGUAAAAAAACAGAAGCUGACACAAAGAGCAAAAGACCUGAAAGAGACUGGAGAUGACCUAAUGCAGAAUGCAAUGCAGGCACAGAAAGACCUCCAAGGCGCCACAGACAGCAUUACUGAUGUGAAGAAGCGCUUGGAGGACGCUGAAAAGAAGAAGAAAGCUCUUCAGAAAGACUUGCUUGAUGCAAGAAAAUUAAAUGGCAUCAAGAGAGAUGAUAUAAGUAAUAUGAUUGAUGAGGCCAAGAGGAAGGCAGCUGCAGCCAAUGGCUCAGCAAGCGACACUAUGGACAAACUGAAUGCCAUGAGAAAGGAAAUUGACCAGAUCAGUGUCACUCCUGGGAACUCCAACCUGAGCGGCGUGUUGGAUGAUUUGGACCAGUCAGUGAAGAACUUGUUGAAAACCAUCCCAUCUCUGAAUGAUAAGAUCUCAGAGGUAGAGAACCUGACCUCGGAGUUGUCCCCCAUUAGCAACAUAUCUGAGAACAUUAAGAAGAUCAAAGAGCUCAUUGAACAAGCCCGGGACGCAGCUAACAGGAUUGUGAUCCCGAUGAAGUUCACAGGUAAUGGCCAUGUGGCGCUGCGUCCACCAAAGAAUCUGGAGGAUCUGAAGGCCUACACAUCCCUGUCUCUUUCGCUGCAGAGACCUGCAGGUAGGGGAGAUGGAAGACGCAGACGCAGACAGACCAUAGAUGAUGGAGACAUGUUUGUGUUGUACCUUGGCAGCAGAGAUUCUUCUAAGAACUACAUAGGUAUGUUUCUGAGGGAGAAUGUGCUGUACGGCGUGUACAAGCUCAAUGGAGUCGAAUACCAGAUGAAAACGGGUUACAUCACCACGUCUGCGUCUGAGCCGGCCAAGUUCGAUAGAGUGGACCUGCGCAGAAUUUACCAAGAUGCAACGAUGAUUCUCACCAAAGAUAUCACCUCAACCACACCCGAGGACCCAAUUGAGAGCAGCAAGCAAGGAGAGGAGAGCAAGAACCUAUUGGAACUCAAUCCCAGUGAUGUAGUCUUCUAUGUUGGAGGUUACCCUGCCAACUUCACUCCACCAGCUUCUCUCAAAUACCCCAUGUACAAGGGCUGCAUUGAGUUCUCCUCUUUUAACGACAAAGUCGUCAGUCUAUAUAAUUUCCAAAAGGCAGAGAAGAUCAAUUUGGAGACACCAUGCAAGAGAUAUGUACCUCCAAUGGAUUCUGACUACUAUGAAGGCACUGGAUAUGGCAAAGUGGUUAUAGAUAAACCAUCUUCAAACCUCAUCGUCACUAUUACCGUCUUUACUCGUUCAGAAAACGGUUUGCUCUUUUACAUCGGAAGCGAGAACGAUUACUUUACUGUGACGAUGGAGAAGGGUGUAAUUUUUCUACGUAGUAAUUUGCUCGAAGCACCAGCUACAAAUAACGGCAAAAUAUUCCCGAAGGACGACUGGGCGGAAAUCCUUAUCAUUAGUACGAGCAAGGGAGAUAUAAAAGUCCGGAUGUCCCAAGUAGACGUGGCCUCAGCAAAAGCUACAUACAGCAACAGUGACUUUAAAGAAUUCUAUAUUGGUGGUGCCCCACAAGACUUGAGGGAAAGAGAUAACAUCACUAUACAACCAUUCAAAGGAUGUUUGAAGAAUGUGAAGCUGAAUCAAGCCUUUAAACCUGUUACUGAGCAAGUGGGCAUCAGCAAAGGUUGUCCAAAGGAAUCCUUGGUUACUCGUAAAGCAGAGUUCAGCUUGGGGAGCUCCCUGUCCGCUGACCUCAAAGGCUUUAGUCUGGCUGCUGACGUUACUGUCUCCGUCGGAUUCAAGAGCACAGAGAAUGAGGGUCUCAUUCUGCAGGACAAACAGCUGGCUAAUGGGAUUGAUGUUCAAUUAGAAAAUGGCUAUGUGAUUCUCAAUUUCAACAACAAGAUCUGGAAAUCAAACAAACAAUAUCAUGAUGGCCAGUGGCAUUAUUUGACUGUAACCAAAAGAGCUGGAAGUGUUAAGCUGCUUAUUGAUGACGAAGACGUGGGUCAGGAGCAGAGUGGCAGCUCUUCCACACCUGACACGGGUGGCUCCCUUUACCUGGGAAGAGAGAAGUUCAAAGGCUGUGUUUCCAACCUCUACACAAGACGGCCAGACAAUCUGUAUAAAGCUGAGGACUUCAGCAACUUCCAGGCUUCUGGAGAUGUCUUGCUGGAUAUGUGUACUGCUAACAGUCCUCCUGAACUGAUGUUGGACCGCUUCUCUAGGAAGAAUGGUGUGAUGCAGGCUAUAAAUGAGAGUCUAUCAGCAUGUACAUUACCAGCCCUGGUUCAACAUGCUUAUCGCGUGGGCAGCCCUACUAGCAGUCUGAGCUACAGCCUUCCACUACAGGUCUUACAGCCCAGGCCCCACUUUUCUCUAGAUGUCAGGACUCGAGCUCCUGAGGGCCUGUUGUUCUUUGCUGCUACAAGAGGAGGGCGCUCUCAUCUAGCUUUAUACAUAUCCAAAGGCAGGAUCAGACUGUCUGUAGGCAAACAGAAGGAGAUCUUCAACAGGGAAAAGUACAAUGAUGGAAAAUGGCACUCGGUCAUAUUCAGUUUGGAGAAGAAGAAAUUUCGACUGGUCGUUGAUGGUAUCAGAGCCCAGGAUGGUCAGCUGACAAAUGCUGAGUUGACAUCUAUGCAGCAGUUUGUGUCACCUGUGUACCUGGGCAGUGCCCCAGAGUCACUCCACAAAGAGCUGAAGACAAAGGCCCUUCCAAAACAAAGUGUGUCUGGGUGUAUCCGCAAUUUUAAAAUGAACGGAGCGUCAAUGUCAAAUCCAACAAUGAACCAUGGCGCUGGCCCCUGCUUCGAGGGACAGACACAAAGAGGGGCUUAUUUCUCAGGGAAUGGAGCACAUGUCCUUAUCAACAACUCCUUUGUUGUGGGCUCCAGCUUUGAGCUGCUGUUUAAUAUUCGUCCACGGAGUCUGACCGGACUCCUGCUACAUGUCAGUGAUUCCAGUAGGAGCCAAUAUAGGCCUGCGACCGGCCACCAUCUCAGUGUCUACUUGCUCAGAGGAGAGGUAGUGGCGCACGUGAAAAAUGGAAAAGGGGAAUUCAUGGUGUCGGUGAAGCCAAAAGCUUCUUUAUGUGAUGGAAUGUUUCAUAAAAUUUCAGUAAUCAAGAGGAAAAAUGUUGUGCAACUGCACGUGGACACAAUAGACAAUUACAAGAUUGGACCAUCGUCUGCCACUACAACUUUGACCAAAGACUCCUUGUACGUGGGUGGCAUUCCUGAGAUAUCAACGCAAAAGCUGCUCCCUGUCACAUCGUCCUUCGUGGGAUGCAUCCAGGACAUGAGGAUCAACAGCGACGCGGUCUCUUUUGACAGGCUGCCUGGUGUGUUUGGUCCAGUCAACCUCAGAGAGUGUCCAGACUGAGCGGCCGCGUCUCCCUGCAUCAUCUUUCAACAAAUCCUUGGGACCAUGUCCACCAUCAACCAUGUGCAAUCUGUUACCAAGACAGAGAAUGUGUCUGUGUGUAGGAAUGUAUAUAGAUUAUGAGGAGUGUGUUUCAGUGUGUGUGCGCCUGUGAGUCUAUGUAUUUGAGUGUGUGUGUGUGUAUGUGUGUGUAAAAAUAGAUUAAGAGAUGGGCAGCAGCUUACCGUUUCAUAAUAUUUGCUGCUCGGUUAAACAUUUCUGUAUUUAUUUUGUGAUAAAAUCAUGUAUCAUGGCACCAAUUCACAAAUGCAUAUUCUAACAGUUGUUUUACAGUCUGAUGUGUUGGUCCAUUCAUUUUCUGUCGACAAUCAAAUGCUUCUGAAUAUGCUUGUGAUUGGUCAGGGCUGCAGUAUGAGCAACCCAGCACUUUAAGAAACCAAAUGAUGCCUUUUGUGAUGGUGCUGUAAUGGAGAUCAACAUUAUUGGUUGAUUGUUUUUCCUUGUGUGUUUGUUGGACUCUAAAGUGUAUACUACAAUAAUUACGUUUACACCCAUGGUGCUCAAUUCAGUGACAGUUCAGGGGCUGCCUAGCUAUUUUAUAAUCAUAUCCACAUACCAGCUUGUAGAUUUCUGCAUUUUAACUGGUUCAAGAGACAUGGAGUAUCACACAGCCCACGAAAUCGCAUGUAUUUUUCCCAUAUUGUAUUACUGUUCUGAAUUUAUUUUUCAUUUUGCAUUCCUUUGUCAUGCAUGAGGACGUUCUGUGUGUCUGUUAAUGUCAGUCACACCAGAAUACAGCAUGUACUGAAGUUUGUUGAGCAUUGUCUAUGAGUUGAAAAACCAAUAUAGAUACCAUAAGCAUAAGGUCACGUUUGGGACCAUUUAACCCAUAUUACUAUAAAGUUGAGUAGUAGUAACAUAACAAAAAACAAAAUGGAUUUUAUGUAUUCAACUUCCCAGCAAGAGUUUACUGACCUGCUUUGUAAAUUUGUGGAAAAAAAUAUGCAUGAUGAUUGGACAAUAUUUUACAUGCAUUCCUGUCUAGUGACCACUAAUUUUUAAACCCUUUUGUAAUCUGUAUUGAAAAACAACUUCUGACUUGUGAUCAUGGUUAAACACAUAAUUAUAUGUAUUGAGACAUGCAUUUUUUCAUCUGGGAUUAAUUGUUGAAUUAUACUCAGCAAAAUGUGUAUACUUUUGAUUGUUAGAUUAGACAAAUAUAAUUAGAUUUCUUUUUGAA